AAUGACUGAAGCUAUGGCAUAUGAUCUGCAAGAUAAGUCUUCACAUAUAAGUUCAUUAAAUAAAACUCCAGCAUCCAUUGUACAAGAGUAUGCAGCCAAAAAUCGCCUUGUCCCUCAAUAUGAUCUCAUACAUAAUGGUGUUUCACAUAGUAAGGUCAGCUUUAAGUAUAGUCUGACUCUGGAUAAUUAUGUUGCUGUAGGCGAUGGAACUUCCAAAAAAGAAGCCAAGCAUGUGGCAGCAUUAAAUCUUCUUAAAAUUAUGAUUGAUGAUAAACCAGAAUUAUUGAACACUGAUUUUAAACAAUGGGAUUUUGACAAUCAYGUUGUCUCUCCAUUUGAUAACAACAUUAAAGUAAAUGCUGUUGGACAAUUGAAUGACAUUUGUACAAAUAAUAAACUGGGAUUGCCUGAAUUCAAAUUAGUUAGAGAAGAAGGACAAGCCCAUGCUAAAUUAUUUACUAUCAGUUGUCAUGUAGCUAAAAUGUCUGAAGCAGCAACACACAAAACCAAAAAACAGGCYAAGCAUUUGGCUGCUGUUCAGAUGGUGAAUAAAUUAAUGUCUAUUGAUAAGUCACUGGUAAUUGAAGUGGACCAAUGUGUAUCAGACUCAAUGAAAGUCUUGGARCAAGUUGAAAUUAUUAAAUCAGAUCAAUUAAAUAAAAAUGUGCCCAUGGACGAAAAUGUUUGUGAUUAUCAUUUGCUUUUUAAAAAAACAACAGAUUUUUCAAGCUCAGAAACAUUAAAUAAUAUUUUUAAUCAAUUUAAAAAAAAUGKUAUGUUAGAUUUACCUGAAGCUUUUAAAGUUUUAUGUGAUGUUGUCACCGAAUGUAAUAUGAGCUUAAGUUCAAACAUUAUAGAUUUAGAAUUAGAAGGAAAAAAAAAUAAUCAUUUGUAUCUUCUUUCUAUAAAUAAUGUAUACCCUAUUAUUUAUGGUGUGGGUGAGGCUCAAGACAUUGAAUAUGCUCAAGAAGUUGCUGCAAAAGAUUUACUCAUUGCCAUCUGUUUAUUAUUAAAAUAAAAUAAAGGCAUUUAGUUAAUUUUUAUCCUGCCAUAGUUCGAACUGAAUAAACAAA